UCUCAAAAAUUUGGGGUCAAACGCUCAGAAUUGUGGUGAUUUUGUGGGAUUUGCCCAAAAUUUGCUUUUUUUGGCCCAGAAAAGCGGCCGGUACCUGCAGCAGGAGCUGCCCGUGCGAAUCGCCCAUCGCAUCCAGGGCUUCCGGAACCUUCCCUUCAUCAUCGGCUGCAACCCCACCAUCCUGCACGUGCACGAGCUGUACAUCCGCGCCUUCCAGAAACUGAGCGACUUCCCCCCGAUCCAGGUGCGCAGUGACGAGUCCCAGUACUGCGCGUUGCUGCGGCAGCUGCUGGAGGAUCACAAGGACGUGGUGACGCUGCUGGCCGAGGGGCUGAGGGAGUGCCGGAGGCACAUACAGGACGAGCGGCUGCUGCGGCCGUUCCUGGACAAGACGCUGACGUCGCGCCUGGGCAUGCGGAUGCUGGCAGCGCAUCACCUGGCGCUGCACGAGGACAAGCCGGACUUCGUCGGCAUCAUCUGCACCCGCCUGAGCCCCAAGAAACUCAUCGAGAAAUGGGUGGACUUCUCCAGGCGUUUAUGUGAACACCAGUACGGGAACGCCCCGCGCGUGCGCAUCAACGGCCACGUGGCCGCGCGGUUCCCGUUCAUCCCGCUGCCCCUGGACUACGUGCUGCCCGAGCUGCUCAAGAACGCCAUGAGGGCCACCAUGGAGUCGCACCUGGACACGCCCUACAGCGUCCCCGACAUCGUGGUGACGAUCGCCAACAACGACAUCGACCUCGUCAUCCGGAUCUCGGACCGGGGCGGUGGCAUUCCCCACGAGCUGCUGGACAAGGUGACCGAGUACCACUUCAGCACGGCCGAGGCGAGCGCGCAGGACCCGCGCCUGGGGGCCUUCCGCACCCUGAUGGACGCCAGCGGCCAGCCCGGGCCCAUGCACGGUUGGGUUUUGGUCAUUAAAACCAUGGAGAACCUUCAAAAAUGGGUUUUGGUCAUUGAAACCAUGGAGAACCUUCCAAAGUUGGACUUCUGGGUCAUUGAAACCAUGGAGAACCCUUAA